GAGAAGUGGUGUGUUGGCAUUCUGGACAGAUUUGGAUCAAAGUGCAAUAAAAUAGUGAGUUCUGUCGUCCCGCGUGUCCACAUGCAGCAGCCAGGCGUUUGGUAAUGCAGAAACACCUCUACUAAGCGACAUAUUCUCCCGAUAGACAAGAACAGUAAGCAGAGGGAGGAGAAUGGGGAGGAAGGAUGCCAGUGCGACUGGAUUUCCAGUGGAUCAGUACAGAAAACAGAUUGGCAAGCAGGACUACAAAAAGACAAAGUCAGUCCUAAAGGCCACGCGGCUGAAAGCUGAAGCAAAGAAGAAUUCCUCUGGAUUCAGGGAUGCCUUCCUGGUUAUUGCAGCGAUCCUGUUCUUUGUCCUCUGUGUUUACGCCUUCUUCUACCUCAACCUGAGUACUGAGAUCAACCUGGACGUGGACGUGGAUUAGGAAGAGGAGGGUGGCGUGUUGACAACGUCCUUGACUCUACGCUGCAUGCACAUUAUGCACGAGGACGAGAGGGGGACAAAGAAUGCGUCCCAGAAGUCCCAUAUUUAGUUUGGGCCUGCACUUUUGGAGACACAGUGAAGUGCCUCUUCAGGGGAAAUGACACAAUGCAUCAAACAUGUCAAGUUUCAGGCCAUUUUUUGAAAUUUGCAUUGUUUUAUAUUGAGACAUUCCUCUUUCCCUUUAUUUUCUGCAUGGCAGCACACAGUGAAAUUGUAAUCAUUAUUAUACAGUCACUUAUUAUACUUCAGUGUUACUUCCUUCUUUCUUCCCGAGGCCAGAUCUGAGAGUGUAGCUUUGAUUGCUGUUCACGGAAAAAGCCAGCGACCCCUUGUAAAACAUUCUGCGGGAAAAAAAAAAGAAAAAAAAAUCUGCAUUCAGCAAAGCAAAUGAGCCUGUUUUUACACAAGUCUUCCAAACGACAAUCGAGACCGAGCCCCGUUAAUCAUAUUCUGCAGAGUCACGUCCCGCUGCUGGCUCCACUAAUAGAAAAAUGUAAAUCUCCCGCCGAACCUCUCGUCACAUCGAGACAAACACUUGCCUCACAUUCCAGUGCACAAACCUCUCCUGCCGGAUAUCUGGAGAUCACAAAGUGUGAGAUUAGAAUCCACAAAGCCCUCGUCCUGAUUGAACAUGUGUGCGGAAUACAGAGCGACACAUUGUACCUGCCGCACAUACAUGCAGCGCGGAGGCAGACACCCACAGCAUUAGCAUCACAAAUAUGAUCCUGUGCUUUCAUUUGAAUGGAAAUUACAGAGACGAAUGAUGACUGAAUGGAGGUGAGCCUGUAUGUUUUCUCAUAAGGAACACCUUGAUAAUUUCCCUUCUUGUAAGAUGCAUGCAGCACUGCGAUGUGUCUCAAUAGAAAGGAAUACGAAGGAUUGUCAAAACCUCUUUGUCCCGCUGCUUAAAUCUUUGUGCGCUGGCACUGCUAGGUGCAAGGACUGACCUUCCAUUAACCAUUUCAGUCCAAGUGCUUCCACUGUUUGAGUGAUUCUUUGUUAGCAAAAGAGUGAAAAAUCAGGGCUUUUAUUUCGUCCCAUUUGCUUUUUUCUUUAUGUUUGAAAUUGCACAUUUUUUUCACAUUAUCAGUUUCUAUUCCGUGUUUUUCUCAGCACACAUCAAGCCGAAAAUAAAGCAACAGCAACGCUGCUGUCUGAAAGGCAACUGAUGCAUUGUUUUGGAGAUGACUCUUUUAUAUUAGUGCGAUGCUAUAAAAGGCCAAUACCCAACACACACGAGACCUUGUGACGUCUUUCAUUCCCAACGUGUUUUUCCCCUCUGAGACUCUUUUAAAAACAAGACUUGUGUCUUGUCCCUGACUGCGUUUUCAGCGGCUGACAUGAUUCUGGAAAUGUGAGACGCAUUUUGAGAGAUUUCAGGGUUUCCGUUUCUGCCACCCCCCACCACCUCCCAUCUUUUCUCCCAUGACCUCCCGACCUCUCGUAAAAAGACUACAUAUCCAAGAAACCAUUAUGAUAAGCGCGCGCCCUCAGCCUCACCCAGUGGCUUUUAUCUGGCCGCGGUGCAUCCAGACCCCCUCCUCCACCGCUGUGAGUCACUCACAUGUGUAACAAUAGAUAUCCUGAACUAAAAGACCUUCAUACAUGACACCUGCUAUCUAAAAGGUCACCAUUACAACCACAAGAGCUCUGACAUCAGCACAAUGGAGACGGACCCGGCAGCACGGCCUAUUUAUUCUGACCCAUGUUUGGCAAGAUGAGCUGGAAGCUAUUUUCCACAAUAGUAUGACGGUUUGUGCUGUGAUUGAAUUGGCUUGUAUGAUAUAUAAACAUUUUACAGUGUGCUUUGUCAUCAUGAUUGUUAUCAGAUACCGUGUGAUCUAUUAUGAAUGACUUUUCUGCAUUAUUUUUGUUGAAUGGCUUUUAAAAUCACGUAUCACUUUGUAAGGAAACAUAAUUAAUGCGUCAUGUGACAGAAGAUUAAAGGACCUUUC